AAUUCCACUCCCUUUUUUCGGCAAUAGCCUCACUUUAAUGCGGCAUCCUCAUGGUGAAGAUAUUUUUCUUGAAUGGAGACAACGUUUUGGUCCAAUUUUUACCUUUUGGCUAGGAGAAACUCCAAUUAUUUGUAUCGCUGAGUAUAACAAAAUUGUUGAAUAUUAUCAACGUGGAGGGGAAGCAUUUGCUGGGAGACAUGCAAUUGAAGCUUACGAAAGAAUAAUUCGUGGAGGAAUAUAUGGCGUUUUACAAACUGAAGGGGAAAUUUGGAGGGAACAUAGACGCUUUGUUUUGCACGUUUUUAGAGAUUUUGGAGUUGGAAAAAAUAUUAUGCAAGAAAGAAUUUUGACAGAAAUUUCAGAAAUGUUUAAAUUAUUGGAUUUUGAAAUUAAUGAACAACAAAAAUUAAAUGAGAUAGAAAUUGAUAUUGUCAAACAUUUAGAACGUGCAAUUAGUUCGAUAAUUAAUGUGUUACUUGUUGGGUUUAGAUUUGAUGAAGAGGUGUUUUUCUAA